AUGGGUCACGAGAAGAGCCUCCCUGUGUUUAUUUUUCCAACCGCCCUCGCAAGGCUAGGCCACCUUUACGGCGAUAUCUGUUUGGCGCGUGGUGCUGCGCGCCAUAAUAUUGUCUACGCGGUCUCGACAGACCCCUCCACUUCCCAUGAAGAAAUUGCUGCAUGCUGUGGGGCUGAAGGUGUAUUUCAUCCCAAUCUUCGACUCAGUGGAGAUGCCGUGGCCGUUUAG